AUGGAACUUAGGAAUCAAACUUUGGUGACUGAGUUUUUAUUUGUGGGCUUAACAAAUUGCUUCCAGCACCAGGUUGUUCUGUUUGUGAUGUUUCUCUUGGUUUAUCUGGUCACUCUUCUGGGAAAUGUGGGGAUGAUCACCCUCAUCUGGAUGGAUUCCCGGCUCCACACUCCCAUGUACUUUUUUCUCAGCCACUUGUCCUUUGUGGAUGUCUGCUCCUCUUCUGUCAUUGGUCCCAAGAUGUUGACAGACAUCUUUGUGAAAAAAAAAGUAAUCUCUUUCUUGGGUUGUGCUGCCCAGUUAUGGUUUUUUGGUCAGUUUGUAGUGACAGAGUGUUUUCUGUUGGCCUCCAUGGCUUAUGACAGGUAUAUGGCCAUCUGUAAGCCCUUGUUGUAUACACUCAUUAUGUCCCGGCGAAUCUGUGUGCAGCUGGUGGUAGGGCCUUAUACCAUGGGUCUUAUAAGCGCCAUAACGCAUACGACGUUUGCCUUUUGCCUGCCUUACUGUGGUCCAGAUACCAUCAAUCACUUCUUCUGUGACCUUCUUCCUGUUCUCUCCCUGGCAUGUGCAGACACUCAGGUCAAUCAGGUUUUACUUUUCAUCUUGGCUGGAGCUCUAGGAGUGCUCAGUGGUGUGAUCAUCUUGGUUUCCUACAUUUACAUCAUGGUCACUAUCUUGAGGAUCCGCUCUGCUGAGGGGAGGCGCAAAGCCUUCUCCACCUGCUCUUCACACCUGACUGCUGUCUCCAUCCUGUAUGGGACACUCUUCUUUAUCUACGUACGCCCCAGUUCUAGUUUCUCCCUGGACAUCAAUAAAGUGGUUUCUGUGUUCUACACAGCCGUGAUCCCCAUGUUGAACCCACUUAUCUACAGCCUGAGAAACAAAGAGGUCAAGGAUUCAUUCAGGAGGACGUUUGAGAAGAAGAAUCUUCUUCUGAGUAGGUAA